CUGCAGUGCCCUCCUUUUCUCACCGUAACACACCCUUACUCCCUCUCUCUCUCUCUCUCUCUCUCUCUCUCUCUCUCUCUCUCUCUCUCUCUCUCUCUCUCUCUCUCUCUCUCUCUCUCUCUCUCUCACACACAAACACACACACACACACACACACACACACACACACAAUCAUACACGAGUUCACCUCUUGCCUGUUCUCUCCACAUUUCCAAAGUUUUUUCUUCUUUUCGAGGCUCUUUUGAAAGAAUUUUCCCACUGGCAGUACUUGAAGGACCAAAAGACAGAUUGAAAAUUUGACCUGGUUGGCGGAUAGACUGAUAUUUGCAAGGGAGAAAAGCCAUCAGUCAGUAUGCGCUGUGUGAGUUUGUUGUUGCAGUCGGCUUGCUUCUUGGUCCUGAGCUCUGCAGUGCGGGGAGGCCCAGUCCAAUGUCCCAGCCAGUGCCACUGCCACGGCGACCUUCAGCAUGUCAUCUGUGACAAUGUUGGGCUGAAGAAGAUACCCCGGGUGUCGGAAACCACCCGUUUGCUGAACCUGCAAAGGAACAACCUGGGCAAUCUACCUACAGGGUCCUUCAGCGAAAGUAAGGGGCUCAUCUCCCUGCACUUGCAGCAUUGUCAGAUCCGCGAGAUCGGAGCCCAUGCCUUCAAGGGGCUGAAGAAGCUUAUCUACCUCUACCUGUCCAACAAUGAGAUCAAUAGCAUGAAGCCUGGCGCCUUCGACGACCUGACUGAACUCACCUACCUCUACUUGGAUGGGAACCAGAUCAGCGACCUGUCUAAAGGCAUCUUCUCACCCAUGAUCAACCUCUUUAUUCUCCAGCUCAAUGACAACAAGCUCCGGGAGCUGCGGCCAGGCACCUUCACCGGCGCCAAAGACCUACGCUGGCUGCACAUGAGCGGGAAUGAAUUGAGCAUCCUGCAGCCAGGCUCUCUGGACGAUGUGGAGAACCUGGCUAUAUUACACCUGGAUAGGAACAAGCUGUCCACCUAUCCAAGUGCUGCCAUGAGCAAACUGCGGGUGGUGGAGGAACUAACACUGGCCAAGAAUCCCUUGAGGAGCAUCCCAGACAAUGCCUUCCAGAGCUUUGGACGUUACAUGGAGAAACUAUACCUGGACAACAUGGGUCUGGAGAAGUUCUCCGAUGGUGCUUUUACUGGUGUGACAGCAAUCAAAUCACUGAACCUGGACAACAACAAGCUCAAGUCCCUACCCAAAAGCCUCGAGUUUGGUACCAUCACCAACCUCACUCUCUCCAACAACCCUUGGAGCUGCACGUGCCAACUCGCUCCUCUUCGGAGAUGGAUGGACUCCAGCCGCAACCGUCCUGACAUGCUGUGUGCUUCUCCGCCCCAGCACAGAGGCAAGCAAGUCAGAGACAGCACCGCCUUCAGUGGCUGCAGAGUCAAGUCAAAGAGGGCCAAGAAGGGCACUCGUCACUGAGCAGGAGACACCGAGGGGAGGCCUGUCCAGGUGACCGGCUACAUGUGCAAAGAAAACAACGCUAACUCACAUGCUACUUCAAGGCUGACUGUCCAUCUAUUUAUCUGCCAAGUGUUUUUGCUAGUGUUAACAUACUCAAAAACAUGUUCGGAUACAUAUGCGCUCUCUUUCACAGCCAGAGACAGACACACACACACACAAAUAUAUUCAUAAACACAUAAAACAGAACAAAUGGACCAAAAGGGAUUUAGAGGACCAAAGAUUGGUAAAUCACAUGAAGGCUAUAGUAAAAAGUAGCAAUCAAUUCAGGUAACCACCAAAAUGAAGGGAUACGCAUAGGGGAAUGAGGAGCAUUGUGCAUGUCAGGGGCAUGUUGAAGCUGUUUCAUGCUGAUUUUAGCUGUAUAUAACCCUUUAGAGGCCAAGGUAAAAGACAUUCUGGGUGACCUGACUUCUAUGUAGUCGGAAGUGGUUUCUUCCAGCGUGAUGAAGAAUGCUGACAGGGUGCACAAAAUCAAUGUUUACAACGCACACCAUAACCACCUCACUUGCCAGUUCUCAGCCCAUUUGAACCUUCUUAACAGUUGCUGGACAAGUGUCCGAGAUAGCGUUUCCCACCUCCACCUACCAAAACAACCCAUCUAUUACCAAGACGCACCGGAGCUGUUCAUGCAGCUUUUAACGGUGUCCCUACUUUAUGUUGCCAUCCCCUUUAUUUUGCUAGUUACCUGAACAAAAUGAACAUUAAAUCAAUUCUAACACAGCUAAAGACAAAACAAAAACACAAAGAGACACACAUCGCCUUUCAUCCCCUUCUGUAAACCGGUGAGGAAUUUGUCAAGCAUCCCACAGCCGUCAGCCACGCCGGCGGCCAUGUUUGUUUUCCUACUCCUGCCCCUCGUGAUGACAACUUUACACCCUCCUCCUCCCACCUGCUGCCAUGGUAAUGCCCCGCAUUCCCCACCCACACUUAAACUAAAACGAACAAAUGGAAACCUUCUCAUAGUCACUUUUAUUUAUCAUGGGGCACAAUCCCGCUUGCCCUGUCUCACAUUUGUGGUGAGAAUUUUCUCCCUAACCAGAGAAAGCCUGGAGAGUGAAAAGUGACGAUGAAAAUGGCACAGGCAGUAAAUUUGACUUGACCCGAUCUCCCGUUCGCAAAGUUAGCACGUCACAGCGCGGGCAGCUGAGAACACUUAUCUCCAACAGGCUUAUAAGACCAUGAGAUUCUGAUGAUGAUGUGAGCGAGCUUGACAGGUGUGGGAAUGAAAACAGUCGUGGACAAAUUUCCAAAUCGUGUUUCUGAAUCGGUGCCAACUUGAUCUAUGGAAGACAACCAUUCCGACAUUCCAUAAAACUGGAUUUAGGCCGAUCCUUGCACAAAUGAGGACUUUCACAUGUAAGAACUUAGGAAGAAACAUGUCUCUUGCCUAAAUGAUGAAUUACCAUGCAAACAUGACUUGUAUUGCAUUUUCACUUUCCUUUCUUUGCCAGUGCUUUGUAAUAUACUUACAGGCUAUGUGACAUUUUACCUUAGCAAACUGAUUUGAUAACAAAAGGUUAUGAUAGGUUAAAGCACACCAAUGUGAAGGGCAAGUGAUGAGUCUUACGCAUGUUAUGCAAACUGAACAUUUUUACAUUUUAUGACUUUUGGAAGUGAUAAUAGCUCACAUCCAAUAAAACUUCUACA